ACCCCUUCCCUUAUCAUCUAAAAACAUUACAGUGGAAAGAUUCUUUGGAGUUUUCACUUUUCCUUCAAACUCCUUCAAGCUUUGUGUAUUUCCGAUAUGUCCACGAUGUUCCUCCGCAGUGCAGUUGUCGCAGAAUCAAUCGCUAAGCAGAAUUGUGCUAAGCUUUUAGGAGGAGCUGUCCAAACCUUACCAUGGAGCAGCCAACAAAAGCGAAAUCUGAAUGUCCACGAGCACAUCAGUUUCAGCUUGCUGAAGGAGGCCGGCAUUUCUGUGCCACGAUUCGGGGUGGCUAAAGAUGCUCAAGAAGCUGCCAAAAUCGCCAAGGAUCUUCAAGUGAAAGAUAUUGUCCUGAAAGCUCAAGUUUUAGCCGGUGGUCGAGGCAAAGGUCAUUUUAAAGGUGGUCUCAAGGGAGGAGUAAAGAUGGUUUACACACCUGAGGAAGCCAAGGAAACAGCCUCUCAAAUGAUUGGAGACUUUUUGAUCACGAAGCAGACUGGAGAAAAGGGAAGGAUUUGCAAUGCGGUCAUGGUAACGGAGAGAAAGUUCCCGCGAAGAGAAUUCUACUUUGCAAUCAUGAUGGAAAGAGCAUUCAACGGCCCUGUCAUAAUUGCUUCCUCACAAGGAGGUGUCAACAUUGAAGAAGUAGCAGCUGAGAAUCCAGAUGCCAUUCUGUAUGAGCCCAUUAACAUUUUCGAAGGUAUUAAGAAGGAGCAAGCAUUGGCUGUUGCCGAGAAAGUAGGACUCGGUGACAAGAAAGAGCAAACAGCAGAGAUGCUGCUUAAGCUGUACGAUCUGUUCUUGAAGAAAGAUGCCCUCCUGAUUGAAGUGAACCCUUAUGCUGAAGAUGCCAGUGGAGAUUACUAUUGCCUUGAUGCAAAAAUGAGAUUUGAUGACAAUGCAGACUUCAGGCAAAAAGAUUUGUUUGCCCUUCGAGAUUGGACCCAGGAAGAUCCCAAGGAGGUUGAAGCCUCAAAAUAUCAACUAAACUACAUUGCUCUUGAUGGUGAUAUUGGAUGUAUGGUGAAUGGUGCUGGUUUGGCAAUGGCAACGAUGGAUAUCAUCAAACUCCAUGGUGGAAACCCAGCCAACUUCUUGGAUGUUGGUGGUGGCGCAACUGCAACGCAGGUCAAAGAAGCUUUCAAAAUCAUCACAACAGAUCCUAAAGUUUGUGCAAUCAUGGUCAACAUAUUUGGAGGUAUCAUGAGGUGUGAUGUCAUUGCGGAAGGUAUUAUUGCAGCCGUCAAGGAAUUAGACAUGAAACUGCCAAUCAUUUGUAGAUUACAGGGAACAAAUGUUGAUGAUGCUAAGGUAUUGAUCGCCUCCUCUGGAAUGAAGAUUCUGCCCGUGGACAAUCUAGAUGAAGCAGCCCGCCUGGCAGUCAAGCUGUCAAGCAUUGUUGGUCUUGCGCGGUCCGCCCACUUGGAUGUCAACUUUGAAAUGCCAAUCUAAAUUCCUUCAAAUUCGUCGGAGAAUGGUAUGUUGAUCCUAGACUUGUCAUCUAACAGUAGACAGCAUCAACUAUAUGGUUAUUCAAUUUUUUCACCUUUAAAAUAUCAGUUCCUAAGCACUUUGUUAGUUUUUUGUACUUGUUUUCAAUUGUUUACCUGAAAAUAUUGCCACCGCUAUUGAUCGUACCGCUUUUUAUAUGUAUUUUUCUUUACUCAUUGAUACUCUAUUUACAGUUUGAUAUGUCGGCUCUCUAACUUUAGUUAAACGAAAAUUAUAUACUGAGAAUUUUUGACUGGACCGAGAAACGUUCAUUCCUUGGGUUUAAAUCAGUGUUACAGAUCACAGUGAAAUAUGUAGGAAAAUUUGGUAUAAUUUUAUGUAUGUUAACAGAUUUUUUCCCCCAACUCAAUUUUCUCCCCGUAUUCACCAUCUUUUUGUACUCAUGAAUGAGGCUUGAGGAUGUAUUUAUAGAAGUUAUGAAAACAUUUUUGGUUAGUAACCAUUGGCUUAUAACUUAACAAUUUCUCUUCAGUCUUGAGUUGCUAAAAAUAGAUAAAAAACAUCGUUUUCAAUUAAAUGAGGAGAGAGGUAUGCUUCUGUGUACAUCUACAAUAUUGUCCAUCAGCAGCUAUUAUUUCUGUGAAUAUGAUACAAAAAUAUUUUAAAAUUUAUCAAGAAAUCUCAAAUAAGGGAAUCCCUAAGGUUUUUAUUUUGUUUACUAUUUCUUUUGCCCACUGGAACAGAAGAAGAAAAGAAAAAUCAUCGGUGGUUAAAUUAGUCACAGAUCAUCAAAAGUUACCAAACAGGAUGAGAAAAGAUGGAGUGGUAUUUUAAAGGUUAAAAAGAAAUGUUGUCUUGGAUAAAGAAAGAAGGGAAUUUUAUGGAUACUUUUUUCUUCUAAGUACCAAAGCCACUUUUGUAAUUAAUUUUUGUGAUUUAUGGUUUAUUUAAGUUAUUCUGUUACUUUUUUAUUUUUACGCUCAUGACUUCACUCUUUAAGAAAAAAAGAAACAGAUACACAAAGAUUACAGAUAAAAAAAGUUUAGAUGCUCUCAAAAUCAGCCCUGAACUCAGAAUAACAAUGAUUGAUGUCCCCUCUUAAACAUUCAAGCAACUAAUUCCAAGAUAAAUCACGAACACCAAUUUCUUGCCAAAGAGUUUUUCACUAAAAUCUUAUGAUUCUCACUAUCCGUUGCAUGAAACUUUCUUAAGAAGUAACUAAUCUUGUUUUCUGUUCCCCAAUGAUAUGUCAUACUUUUAAUGUCUCAAAAUAAUCAAUUUUUAUACUUUUCGCAGUUUCUGAGCUGGACAUGUGUACCAGGAAAAUGAAGCUGCAUAUGAUUUUUGCUCUCUGCCUUGUACAUUGCUUGAUUUUGUAAUUAUCCUUGAGCUGAUCUAUUGUAGGAGGGUUUUAGUCUCAGAGUAUUUUAACUGAAUUGAAAGUUGGAUCCAAAGAACAAGGUGGAAAAGAAGUGCGGAGGUGUUGGUACAAAAGGUUUUUUCCAUUUUUACAUUGCUUCAAAAGCAAUAAUUAGCAACGGUUUUGAAUGAUAUUAAAGCAAAGCUGCGAUGUAUUUUUUCAUUCAAUCCUUACUUCAGGAUUCACCAAGAUAUUGUAGUGAACUUGUACCGUAUUCACAACCAACCAACCUGUUAUACCUUAAAUUCUAUAUUAUUGAAGUUCGAAUGUAUUGUACAUUUUUGUAAAUUUUUGCCUUUAAUUUUUACUUAAUUUGUAAAUUUUAACCCACGAAGAUGAUCGAGUUCCUGAGUUAAAUUUUUGGCUGCUUAGUGGUUGCUGCUGCAGCGAAAUUAUUCUUUGGAGGGUUUGCCUCAACUGAUGGGACAAAAGUUGCGAAAUACAUCAUCAUGCCAUGACAGCCUUCCAGUAACAAGCAAAUUUUUGUGAGAUAAAGUCCACAUUUCUUGUGUACCUCAUUUCGCUGGUUUUCAUUGCGCUAACACAGAAUAUAUAGGCUUCACCAACAGAAGGUUCACUCCUGUUUACUCCAAUGUAUCUCGUUUUGUACUUUCCAGCGGCUCUGCAACGUUGCCACGUGAAUGCGUUCAGGUAGAAAAUGGGGAUAGGAAGGAGCGCGUUUCGCCAAACAAACUGACAGCGUUGAAGGUCGUCCGAGCUCCGGACUAAAGGCAAAAUGUAAACAAUGCUUUCUAGGUGUGUUCUUCUUCUUCGACCGAGAUACGCUGGGAGUGAGCCUUCUGUUGGUGAAGCCUAUAUAUUCUGUGGCGCUAACACAAACAGGUGAUUAAGAAAAGAGGCACCAUGGGGAAAUUUUUUUAAAGCCUUUACAUAAAAUUGCGUUGCAGAAAUGGACAGUGUUCCUUGUCCUUCCAAAAAUUAAUGUUUUCCUACCUCUGUGCCGCUCUUUGGUUUUUCUGCCUCCUGAGUGAUUAAAUCUUAAGAUUUGUAUUCAGGAAAAUACAUUGUUCAACUUCUGUCCCCUCAGCUAUUAAUAAACCUCAAGUAGCAUCAUUAGUCAUUGAUUUGAGCUCAAGAAGUACUUUCGUCCGAUUAGUGGAAUUGCUGGAUGGCAUGUAUGAGAUAAAAAAAGCUUUCUACUAUUAUGCGUUAAACAAUAUAUUUAUUUGCUUGUAAAUAUUUCUCAGUAUUAUUAUAGUAACAUCGCGCCAUCAAUGUUAUUAGCCUCCAUUUGAUUUCCUCUCUUUAUACUUUGGCUCAGCAAUAAUUAAUUUUCUCUGUUCAUCAUUUUAUUGUCUAAGACAACAGUCUUCAAGAGUCAGAAAGUAAGAGUAACCUACAGGCAAAUUGAAUGUUCAAAUUCUGGAAAUGGCGUACACUGACCUUUAAUUACUCUUUUUUGUUUAAACUGAGUAUUACUUUGUUUUAAUUUUCUAUCCCUCCUCAAGUUUUGUAUUCCAAGGUAUUACUGAAAGGAUAAAUGAGAAAUCUGAAGGUGGCUGUCUCGUUACUUUUGAACACUAUUGUGAUACGUUGUAACAACUCAAAGGAAUAAAUUAUAAUUGUUACUGUUUAAAA